GAUUUUUUUUUUACAACCAGACAGAAAAUUUAUUAUUCAUUGAAAGAGGCAGAGAUCUGUGUGUGUAUAUAUGCAAGUAUACACAUAUGAAGAACACACACUACUACAAGGGGAGCUUGAACUAGUGCGUGUGAAGCGAUGGAUUGUCGUCAACUAGUGUUUGUGAGCAUGUUGGUGAUAGCUAUUACAUCUCAUGCUUCUUCAGAUGAUACAAGUAGCAAGGUUAGCAUGUCACUGUACUAUGAAGCUCUGUGUCCGUACUGUGCCAACUUCAUUGUCAAUGAUCUGCAGAAGAUCCUCACCACCGAUCUACUCUCUAUCCUCAACCUCAGACUGGUCCCUUGGGGUAACGCUGCUUUCAAAGAUGACAAAACUUGGGCUUGCCAGCAUGGUCCAGACGAAUGCCUGCUAGAUACUGUUGAAGCAUGUGCCAUUAAUGUGCAUGACCUGGGAACACAUUUCAGGUUCAUUCGCUGCGUUGAGCGUCUAAAUCUGGAGAACAGGCACACCGAGUGGCAAUCUUGUUUCAGAACAGGGGGGCUGAACCCGAAACCAAUUGCAGAUUGCUAUAACACUGGACUUGGAUUUCUGCUUGAACGAAGAUACGCUGAUGAAACUGCUCGUCUUAAUCCACCUCAUCAAUAUGUACCAUGGGUGCUUGUUAAUAAUGUCCCAAUUGGAGUGGAUUACCGGAAUUUUGUAGCGUAUGUCUGCAAGGCUUACAGAGGUCCAAGCAUACCUAUAGCCUGCAAAUCACCUCUAUUCGACAUCAACUCCUCUGAGAAGAAAAACACUAGUAGUGGAGUUUGCUAUGCCGGUGAGAUGAGAGAGUGGCAUCAAUAGCACCAGCAACACCUCAGAUGAUUACGGAAGCUUUUAGCAUGAAUGUGAUGGUUGCAGGAUGACAAAGUGUUCGAAUUAAGUAGCACGAAAUGCUUCUAAAAAGUUCAAUGUGUGACACAUUGUGAGAUAGUCCCCAAAUGGACAUGGUGUAACAUUUCUGUGAGUGUAAAAACUGACUACUUAGCUUGAAUUAUAACAUAUGUAAGCAAAUCUUCCAAACAAAGGCAUGUUUGGCUUCCCUGUAUAAUGAUUCAUUCAAUGCAAAUUAUAGCUUGGUUUUCGAGUAA